AUGAGGGCACUUCUGACGUCCAAGGCGAUUUUGCAUAAUCGGCAGCCUCCAUGGGGAUUGAAGUUGCGAUCGUCGACGGCCUUUAUUGUUGCAACGGUUUGGAUGUCUACUUUCACGGAUUUCCUCCUCUACGCAAUGAUCGUUCCUGUUAUGCCCACGGCACUUAUGACCCGGGCCGAUGUCGAGUACGAUGAUCGAGAAUACUGGGUCAGCGUCCUCCUCAUGUGCGAAGCCGGCACGGCCCUUAUAUUCUGUCCGAUCUUCGGAUACCUCGUCGACCGAGCCCGCACCCGCCAGCUCCCCUUCUUCGGUGCACUCAUCCUGCUAGCCGGAUGCAUGGUGAUCCUACACAUAUCUCAUUCAUUAGAAUUAUUCGUCAUAGGUCGACUGUUCCAGGGCUGUGCAGGUGCGCUAAUGGUGGUGGCUUCCUUUGCGCUGCUCAACGACUCCGUGCCACAGGAGCGUCUCGGGCAGAGUAUCGGAUAUCUAGGUUCCGCUAUUGCUUCUGGUUUUCUGCUUGGGCCGUUUAUGGGUGGUAUUGUGUAUCAUACUGGUGGCUACGAUGCUGUCUUCUAUGUUGCGUAUUCCAUCAUUGCGAUUGAUAUGGGGAUGCGUGUGGCUAUGGUUGAAAAGCAAGUUGCCGAGAGGUGGGAUCGCAAUUCUAGUGGCGAGUCCAAUGAGCAAAAUACACGAGCUGAGUCGUCAACAGUGUGUAAGGUUCAGGAUCAGGCUGCCCCCAGAACGAAACGCUUUGUUAUGUUCCAAAUCCUUAGACAGAGGCGGGUGUUGAUCUCUUCGUGGGCUCUUCUGGUGCAGGGGAUAUUCUUGUCCGCAUUUGAUGCGACACUAUCCAUCUUUGUUGAGUCACGAUACGGCUGGUCAGCACUCGGGAUGGGACUCAUCUUCCUUCCGAUGGCAAUUCCAGCCUUUUUUGAACCAUUAUUCGGCUUUAUCACGGACCGAUUUGGAGCCCGCUUGAUGGCCUUUAGCUGUUUCCUCCUUCUCUGUCCGGUAAUUAUUUGCCUCCGAUUCGCGGAGACCGACUCCACACCACACAUAGCCUUGCUGAUUACCCUUCUCUUCGUGAUUGGGAUAUUCAUCCACGCAUGUGCACCUGCCAUGUAUGUGGAGACACAGUUAGCCCUGACGGCGAUGGAGUCCGCGGAACCCGGGCUACUGGGGUCCAAGGGAGCGGUGGCGCAGGGGUUCGGGCUUCAAAGCAUGUGUCAGUUUGCGGGAGUCUUCUUCGGUCCACUCGGCGGCGGGUUUGUGGAGUACCGCUUUGGGUGGGGCGUCAUGUCGGCGGUCUUAGGUGCGUUGGCUGCAUUGACGGCGAUGCCGAUGCUGUGGUUGGGCGAGAGGCAUGGAGAUGCCGAUGAGGAGAGACAGCCGUUGUUUAGCUGCUGA